ACAGCGAUGCCAUUCCCGGGUUGGAUCACAUUUUUUUCGGGAAGCGAAAACAUUUCAAAAAAUGACCUAGCAUCCCUGGCUGUUAGGUAUUAUAUCAGUGAACAAAACAAAAAGUAAGUAAGUAAAUACAAUCAACUCACUGGAACUAAUGGAAAAUUCCUAUUUGAAUGUGGCACACGUCUACGGACGUAAGGCAGAGCACUAUGCUAAGCACCGUCGCUUCGAUGAGGCCGUAGAGAGUCAUCGUCGGGCGGUGUCGAAUCUAGACGAAGCUCUGAAGAUAUCACCGCCUUCUAAUGUUAUCCUGGAAUCCCUGCAACUGCAGCGAAGGUAUCACAUCAAACAGGCAGAAUUUCUCCGCCACAAAAAGCAACAGCACGAGCGUUACAUGAAAGCGCUUGAAUACCAGCGGAGACGCAAUCCGGAGUAUCUGGUCCAGCAAAUGGAGAAGAUGGAGAAGGUUAAUAAAUUACAGGUUGCUAUCUAUCGUAAUAUGGAUGAAACGGAUGCACUGCUGGAGAUUCUCGGUAAGCCUGCAGCGAAUUUAGACGGCGCUAAUAUCGCGGAUGAAAGAACAGUCCCAGGAGCAGUGGAAGAGCUGAUUUCGUUGAACCACUCGCUGCACUUACUGAUUCAUCGGAUGGUUCAGAAUCUGGACGAGGUUUCCACGGAGAAUGAAACACUAAGAGAACGUUUAAAUUUGUACGAGAAGGAAAACGAAAAUCAUCCCGCGACCGUAGCAGCUGGUAGGAAGGGUUUUGCAGACGCAGGACGUGAUCCGUCGCUUGAAACUGGACGGGAUGCCCUAGAAGCGAUGGACUAUCAUCACUCAGAGGAAUUGCCGGUGUUAGCGCCAUUGGAGCUGCCUGCGUUUGAUCUCUCUGGUUUUGAAAAUCAUUAGAUUUAUUCUGUAGCAAUUCCACUAGGGGGAUUUAAGGGUGAUGGUGCGCUCAAGUUGUGCAUGUUUAUGAUAAGAUUGAAUUUAUCAAUCAGUGACAUAAAUAUACAUUUAGACUUAAUGAGAAACAUUGUGUCACACUUUAAAUGAAUAGCAUCGACAUGUGAAAUGAAAAGUUUAAGUUCAAGCUGUCAUUUCAAUAUACAACGAAAAGUAUGUUGAUUUCGAAAUCCUGAAAGGAAGAAUUAUUGAUAUCUCAAUUCGUAAGCAGGUAAUUUUUGACCGGUAUCGUAUACGUUUGUAACGCUGACGGUUGUCACGCGUGCGGCGAUUCUCGUUCUGAAGGAACUCAAACGCUUGACUUACCUAGUGUCGAAAUUUUCCUACCGCCACCCCCGGAGUGAAUCAACUGUCGUGUUGUUUUUGCCCGGCAAGAGAUUUCCUUUCAGGGCAGAUUCAGUAGACGAACCCGAGUUGCGAAUCAUGAACGCCAUGGCCAACAAUAACCAUCUAAAACGGCUAUCUGAAAAUUCAACGCUAGUGGAAAAAAUGCAGAAGAGAUCUUUGAAACAAUCCGUUGCUCGCCCAGUUGGCAAAAACAUCACACACUACUUUAUCAUCACGAGGAACAGCACCGUUUCGGUCGGUAAGGUGGAUGGAGGGGAUUGAGAAUCCCAAGAAAUCCUUACUUGGAGUAAAAAUGAGAGUGCCAAACGAACCGCAACUGGGCAAGCACGUGAAGUUCCCAACAGACCGAACCAAUCAACUUGGUAGCUUUUCAUAUACGCCAAAAAAAAAAAAUUUGUUUGCGUAUUUUAUUUAUUAUCGGUAGAUAAUGUAUUGUUUUAUUCAAAGCUAAAUUACACGCAUCUUCAUCUUCGGCCUUUGCCGACCUUUCCUCGAUCUACCUACUGCUACAUUUCUUAUCUCUUUUACUCUUUCUACCUUUUUUUCUAACGUGUGCGGUUUUAGUUCUAUAGAUUUCUAAUUGGCCUCUUUGUUCGAACAUCUUUUGGUAAUAUAAACUGUUCCGAGAAUUAUAAAUACAUCUUCUUUCUUGAAUAAAACAAAAAAUACAGGA